AUGGAGGAAAUCCGGUGUGUUUUGGAGGAAACUCAGGAGGAGCCUGCAGAUCCUUUGUUGAGGAUAGUUGAGCGCCCCGUGGAAGAGGAGCACGAGGAGAAGUGCGGCGGCGGCGGCGGCGACGGCGAGGAGGAGGAAGACAGAGACGGAGGCGACACGGUGGAAGAGGACAGCGACGACAGCGUGGAGGCUUUGGACGAGAACGGCAACCCGUGUCUGCCAUACUUCGUAUCCUGGGAUCCACCGGUUAAAGUUUGCGCGGUAGCUGCACCAACUCAUCCGUAUUUCAGACCUUGUGCGAUGAUGCAAAUGUUCUCUUUGAGAUUAUCAAGCCCUUUAGCUCAUCCUGUUAAUAUCUAUGGGACAUUUUCUGUUCGUGAUUGCUGGGAGCCACUCCGCAAUUAUGUAUUUAAGCACUCAAGAGAUGAUCCAGCCAUGAUUCCUCAGUAUAUAUUUUUUGACAUUGAUCUUUGGAUAAAAGAGGAAGGGGAUGGAUCUGCUGACAAACCUUUGUUUUGUGGCUAUGUCGAAUGGGAUACUUCUCGAUCGUCAUUUGGAUCGAAAUUAAAAGGACGACUUCAAGGUGAUUAUCAUGGUUUGGACAUGCAUUUUGCUGUUCUCUUGGACAGCAUUGAGACUGUUAUAGAGGUCCUUGCGGAAGCAGAAGAUCCGUUAGAUAUGGAAAUCAGUGCUCUAACCAGUGGCUUAGAUAAUGAGGUUUCGCUAUAUGAUGGCACAUUCUGUGGAAGGGGGGCAAUAUUCAGGCAUUUCCUGGCUGUGAAAAAGCAAGAUGAAUUGUCUGUUGUUCUGAAAACGGAUGAUUCGCUAUAUAAAUGGACUUUUAAGGCUGCAGCUGGAGUUCUUAUAUCACCUGAACACCCGGUCUCUGGUUUUACCCAGUAUUUUGUCAUGAAUGUAUCUUUUAGAACAAGGGGCAAAGCAGCAUCAGCAUUGCAGUGGAGUUGUAUAUGCAACGAUGUUUGUGUCUCAGAAAUGUGUCUGUAG